UUGGUUCGCUGGAGAGGAAUUUUUAUUUUCCAGAGAGCUGGCAACGUGGAAAGAUGCAGGUUUGGUGGCUUUUGCUGCCUUUAAGUUGCCUGAGCCUGUCCACAGGACUUCAGAAGGCCAAUAAAUAUGAGGGUUAUAAGAUCUACGAAGUGACCUUGAAAGCUCGGUCGUCGCCUCUGCAGUUUGCCUUUUCCGAGUUGUCUAAAAAUGACUCUUAUUACGAGGUGUUUUCCGCAUCUGGUGGCCAACCGGCCAGGGUGAUGGUUCAUCCCCAGGAGCAGGUGAAUUUCGUAAAGCUAAUGGAUGAGCACAAUGCAAACUACGAGAUUGUGAACAGAAAUGUUGGACUGACUCUGAGUCGGCAGUUCGAUACGGAUCGCAUGUUGCGAAAUUGGUUUCCCUAUAAUGGCAGACUGGGCACAGAGCGUUACUACUCCCACGGCGAGAUCAAUCAGUUCAUCGAGGAUCUGGCCAAGGAGUAUCCGCGUCGUGUCUUUGUGAAAACGGUGGGCAAGAGCUACGAGAAACGCCUGAUGAAGACCGUCACCAUAACCAAUGGCGAUGGCAGGCGGAACAAGAAUGUGAUUCUCGUGGAUGGCGGCUUCCAUGCUCGCGAAUGGAUCUCUCCGGCAGCUGUGGUGUACUUGAUCAGCCAACUAGUGGAUAAUCUCGAGGAGAAUGCCGAUCUGCUGAAGGACUACGAUUGGGUUAUUCUGCCCGUGGUGAAUCCGGAUGGCUAUGAGUACACCCAGCUGUCGGCGGACACUCGCAUGUGGCGAAAGACCCGAAAACCCAGCAGCGACAGUUGCAUUGGCACUGAUCCCAAUAGGAACUUUGAUUUCCACUGGAACGAGGAGGGUGCCUCCGAGAAUCCCUGCGAUAAUACCUAUGCUGGAUCGAAGGCCUUUUCGGAGCCAGAAGCUCUCGUGGUGGGGGAUCUCAUUCAUAGCUAUGCGGACCGCGGAAAGAUGUAUCUGACCCUUCACUCCUAUGGACCGUACAUUCUAUAUCCUUGGGGAUGGAGCGAAGACCUGCCAGAGACCGUUGACGACUUGCAUGAGGUGGCCAAGGCUGGCUAUGAUGCCAUACUCGAGGCCACUGGCACUGAGUAUGUUAUAGGAUCCUCCACCCUUGUCCUCUAUGUGGCGGCCGGAGCCAGUGAUGAUUAUGCUUUUAAUGCGGGUUUCUCCAUUUCCUUCACCAUGGAAUUGCCACCUGGCGGCACUGGCUUCGAUCCACCAGCCUCGGACAUUGAUCACAUGGUCAAGGAGACCUGGGUGGGCAUUGCUGCCAUGGCCAGGAAAGUGGUGACCAAGUAUCCACUCUCCUGAGUGGCUAUUCUGAUUCUAGCAAUAAACCGUAAUUUGUGAACUAUCUUGCCGCUAUAAA